AUGGUCACGGAGAGCCGCGGCACGACACACCGGCGGAGGAGGCCCCCCCGCACAACAAUAAAACUGCCCCUGAAUAAUUCAGAUAUCAAAGGGAAGAUAAACAUUGCUGCGAUGAAGCCGGCAAUAAAAGGUUUAAUCUCUCUCGUGUGUAAGCAGGUCGAUACGUGCCCGCGGGCACGGCACGGCAUCCUUUCAACCUCAUGUCAACCUUCAUUAGGAAACAAUUUCACGAUAAUGUAA